GAGCGGGAGGAGGUGAAAUGCACUAGAGAGUUUUUCUCUUCCUCCUCCGACUGCGCAGAGCGGGGCCAGGAGGGAGCAGGAAGAGCGCUCGUGGCUACGGCGCCCCCAGGCGGAGAUCCCAGAGUCCUCCCCGAUGGGGCUGGCCCGCGGAGCCGGCCGGGCACAUGCGCUUGGCUUCGCUUGAAAAACCCGUCAGGUCGUGCAGGAUCCGGCCUGUCAUCCGCCCGUCCCCACGGGGACCGCUUGGGGCGCUGAGAAGCGGGAUCACGUUUGUAAAGCGCCCGCAAACGCUCCGACUAGGCCCCGCCCGUGGCCCGCUCCCACUCCGGGAGGCGCUUCUCUCCCGCACGCCCCUCCCCUAGGCCGCCUCCUCUCUCAGAGCGCGGCGGCGGCGGUGCCGGGGCACGGGCCGGAUGGGGGGCGGCGCCUUGCCCCCCAAAGCGCCGCAUAAAGGCCGCCCCUCGCGGAUGGGAAAGGGCCUAGGCGCUCAGGGUCACGCCCCGCGCUCUACGGCCAGCUUAUUGGGCGCGACGUCGCCCAGCCUGUUCCAAGCGAGCGGUUUGGGCUCAAGGAUCUUUUCCCCCGGAAAACAUGAUUCUAACCCCCCUGGGCGGGCACUGGGAUCUGGGAUCAGCCUGGGGACUGUCCUGUGACUCUCGGGUGCCCGCCUACAAAGUGCACGCACUGGAUCGGUCCUGAAGGCCCUUCCUGCUCUAUAAACUUGCCUGAUACUUGGCCCCCAGCCGCCUGGGAAGUGGGAUUGUAAGCAUUAACACAGACACUGUAUGUCAGGACACCGGUUCGCCAAGGCAGAGGGAUUUGGCCAAAUCCUCCCAUCUAAUCGCGUCUAGGACAGCUGUGUCUCAUCCCUGCAAGGGUCUGGUGGAUCCCGCCCCUCCACCCAUGCCCAGCCCUGGGAGACAAGGGCCCGGGAGCCGGUCAGUCUUAGGGCAAAAGGCCUCGCGAGAAGGAUCCUGAGCGACGUGUCCAAGGGGGAAGAGGGAAAAGGAGCUUUCAACUUUUUCUCUUCCCCUCCAAGGGCCAAACCUCGUCCACAAUUUUCCCUCCCCCCUCUGGGACUCUUGUAAUCCCCCUGCUGCUUGUCAGCCUCCUUUCCUCAGAUGCGAUUAAGGGGCCAGUUUCCAAAGGAGAUUACAGGGGCAAAAUCGGUCUCCCCUUCUGCGGGAGUCUGGCCAUAAAGGGGCUGGGGACGGAGGGGGACACCGGCGCAGCGGGGAAGUCCGCGCUGCUCACCGCGUUACCAUGGCCUUCCUGCCUAGAAGCAGUGAGGAGGAGGAGGAGGUUUCUUGGCCCAGCAACAGCCCAGGUUCUCCCUGGAAACCGGACUCUCCAAAUCAGGUCAAGACCUUGUGGGACGACCAGGACGUUCAGGUUUCUUCUCAGAAGCCCCGUCCACCCUCCAUCACCGUGGAAGCCACAGAUCCAAAUGAGGUGGAAAGUGGGGAGCUCAGGUGGCCUCCUGAGGAUUUGCUGUUAUCCGACAGUGAAGAGGAAGAGGAAGCCUUUUUCCAGGACCAAGAUGAAGAGUCAGGUGAAGAAAGUCUUGGUCUGAGAGGCCUAGAGAUGGAAAAGGGGGAAGAAAAGGAGAUGGGCAGGAAGCCGUUGUUUAGGUGGGAGAGGGAAAGCAGAAGGAUGAUGAGGAUGGAUGGAUUUCCUUUUAACUGAUCCAGUGGCAGAGUAGAGCAAGACAUGGAUUCAAAUCUUGCCCCAGAAACUUAAACCCCCAUUCUUGGCUUAAUGUGAGCCAGUUUCCCCAACUGUAAAAUGAGAUCAAUUGAGUCAGAGUGUAAAGGGAUUUUUGGGGAAAUAUCCUCGUGGUGGCAACAUUAUUCUCCCACCCUAGGCUGGGCUUGGUGCCCCCUAGAUCCCAGAUCCUCUCUAAGAACCCUCAAUCCUGGGUCCGACUGGGAGCAGGAGGAAGAGGAAGAAACCU